AUGUUGGAGAGGGCUCAUGCUAUUUCAUAUCAAAGGAAUACAUUUGAACAAUAUUCCCAGCAGGGCAAGGAGUCAUGGGGGAAAAGGAAGUGGAAUGAUCAGAGCAAGGAUAGGCGUAACUGGCUGAAUAAAAGACCAAGCACAGGAGUUUACAUUGGUGGGACAAAUGGGACUGUUACACCUUGUCCUAAGUGUAAUAAAUCACAUAGGGGCAAAUGCUUAUUUGGGAAGAACAUAUGUUUCCGAUGUGGUAAGCCGGGGCAUAUCUCCUUGAAUUGUACAGAGCCUCCACGAAAGAAGAAUGAUGACCAGGACAAGAAUAAGAAAGGGAAGGCUCGAGUUUUUGCACUAAAUCAGCAUGAGGCGGAGCAAGAUCCGAACGUGAUAGCAAGUAUUUUGUUAUUAUCUGAUAUACCCGCCUAUGUACUUUUUAACUCUGGGGCUACAAAUUCUUUUAUCUCUACAUCAUUCGUUAUUAAGUCUGGCAUUGUAUGUGUGAAAAUGGAUAAUGCAUUAGAGGUUAGCAUUCCUUCAGGAAAAACUCUUUCUACAAAUGAGAUGACUAGGGCUACAAAGUUAGAGAUUGAUGGAAAUAUACUAAUGGCGGACUUAUACCUUUUGGAGAUGAAAGAUUUCGAUGUAAUUUUAGGCAUGGACUGGUUGGGACUCAAUCAUGCGACAAUUCGAUGUCAUAAGAAGGAAGUGUUAUUUCAUAAGGCAGGAGAAGAAGAGUUUCAUUUCUUUGGAGCAAAGUCCAAGACUCUACCACGUCUGGUGUCUGCCUUACAAGCGGAGAAGAUGCUGAGAAAGGAGUCAUGCCAUGGAUUCCUAGUUAAUAUUAAUGGACCCAAACAUACAGAAACAACCGUCAAAGAUAUUAAUGUUGUGCGAGACUUUGCAGACGUAUUCCCAGAAGACCUACCAGGUAUUCCACAAGAUAGGCAAGUGGAAUUCACAAUUGACUUAGUUCCCGGAGUGGCACUAGUGUCUAAGGCCCCGUACCGAAUGGCACCAAAAGAACUCCAAGAAUUGAAGCUACAAUUAGAAGAGUUGCUGGAAAAAGGUUUCAUUCGACCAAGCAUAUCUCCUUGGGGCACUCUAGUGCUUUUUUUAAGGGGUGCAAUGGUGUUUUCGAAGAUCGACUUAAGGUCGGGGUAUCAUCAGCUGAAGAUCAAGGCAAGUGAUAUACCGAAAACUGCUUUCAGGACUCGUUAUGGGCAUUAUGAAUUUACUGUCAUGCCUUUUAGUUUGACCAAUGCUCCAGCUGUAUUUAUGGAUCUCAUGAAUAGAGUAUUUCAUCAAUACUUAGACAAAUUUGUCAUAGUAUUUAUUGACGACAUACUUGUGUACUCAAAGGAUAAGAAGCAGCAUGAGGAACAACUUCCAAUAGUACUCAAAACUUUGAGAAAGGAGAAAUUAUAUGCCAAAUUCAAGAAGUACGAAUUUUGGCUUGAUUGCGUAGGUUUUCUUGGUCACGUGGUUACCGCCCAAGGAAUCGAAGUAGACCCUGCUAAAGUGGAAGCAGUAACAAAUUGGCCAAGGCUGACCAUUGUGGGUGAAGUCUGCAGUUUCUUGGGAUUGUCUGGCUAUUAUAGAAGAUUCAUUGAAGGCUUCUCAAGGAUAGCAGGACCGAUGACUCAUUUAACAAGAAAAGGUUCAGGGGAAUUUGUGAUCUACAGCGAUGCCUCCAAGCAGGGUUUGGGUUGUGUACUGAUGCAGCAUAGAAAGAAAAACUUGAUAAGGGACUUUGAGAAAUUGAGAUUGGAAGUUAUCACGCCACUAACUCAGACUACAGCAAUAGUAAGAGCGUUUAUGAUUCGGCCUACUCUUCGGGACGGAAUCAAGGAAGCACAAAUUAAGGAUCCAUCUCUACAAAAGAUAAAGGCUAAGGUUGGCACGAACAACCGAAUGGGAUUUGAAAUGUCUGCAGAUAAUGCGCUGACUUUCAAAGGAAGGUUAUGUGUGCCUAAAGAUGAAAGUAUAAGAAAUGAGAUACUGGAAGAGGCUCACUCUACCCCAUAUUCAGCACAUCCAGGUGGUCAAGGCAGAACACCAAAGGCCAUCAGGACUAUUGAAACCUUUGAAUAUUCCAGAAUGGAAGUGGGAACACAUAACGAUGAACUUUGUGGUAGGCCUUCCAAGGACAGCAAAAGGUCACAAUGCUAUUUAGGUAGUGGUUGA